GGAAAAUUCGAGAUGAAGCAAUGAUUACUGCUGAGGAAACAAGUUGGGUUAAAUCUUUGACUUGCCUUAGUCAAGAUUGUUUUAUGGAUUUAGUCAUGGCAACUAAAAAUGAUGAUAAUAGAACUACUUUAGGUCAAUUUCAAACUUCCUUUAUGCAAUCUUAUGAUAAGUUGCAACGUGAUACUGGUCUUACAUGGGAAGUAAGUGACCUAUAUUGCGAGCAAACUGUGGAUAUUUAUUUGGAUUUACGAACAAAUCAUUUAUAUACCAUGACAAGUGAACUUGAAGAUAAUGUAAUUGAUCAUUGUGGAACUUCGCUUCAAACUGAUUUAUACAUGGAUCAUAAUGUGAAGUCCGGAGCUAAAAGUAUUAUUUUUAAUAAACUUAAUAGUAAACAACAAUACGAUGACCGAAAACACACUUAUAAAUCACAUCCAUCACGGGGAACAUCAGGCGGAUCUCAUAAGACAUUUGAAUCAAUGAUUUCAUACCAAGAAGAAAUGAAAUCGAACCCAUCGUUAAGUUCACUUCGAAUUCAGCGAG